AAAAGUUGGAAACAUUUUUGUUUUGUUUUUAUUUCAAAACACUACCCGUGUGCCGCCCAUGAACGUGAUGAUCAGUUUCAUCCAUUCUACAAAUUUCACAUCUAAAACUAUGUCAAUUUAAUUAUUUGAACAAAAUUACAUACCAAAAAAAAAAAAAAAUGUACCCACCAAAUUUUCAUACGAAGUAAGUAGAGGAAGAAGAAUGACGAUGGCGGCUGAAACCCCUUUCCCUUUCAGGAGAUCUUCACGGUUAAUUCACACGAAAAUGAAGAACUCAAUGUAUGUUCUACUCAUUGGCGACAAUUUUUCUUUCCAUUUGAUGGAGAAGGAGAGUAUCGUGGAGUGAAGCUUCAGAUCGAUAAGAUUCCAAAAUGGAAAAACCCUAUCGGGAUGGGUAGUGGCACUCUUCCAGAGACGACUACAAAGACGACGAACCUGCUAUAAUGAACCACCGUUCUUCAUCACAGACACUCUUUUAGCCCUUCGAUCAACUUGCCAACCCGAUCUCUUCCGUCAAGAUUCUCUCUCUCUCUCUCUCUAUAUAUAUAUAUAUAAUAUUAUAUAAAUGUUAUAUAUAUAGAUGUGCUUAUAUAUAUAGACACAGACAUACACAUAUAUAUAUAUAGAUGUACCAUACAGUGUCGCGAUUGAUUGUGCCCUAGCGAAUGGUCAAGCCCUUUAGGGUUGAUGGUUGAAGAAAAUGAUGGGCGUGGCCGAAGGGAAUUGGGGAAGAAUUUGCCGGUUGGGGAUUGUGAGAAUUGCGACGGUGCUAUCUGGGGUCAAAAUGUACGGAUAAGAAAUAUUCGGGAGUUUGGUUUGUCGUAAUAAAGAGAAUUGGGUUUACGUGUACGGAGUUUUUUGCAAUCUCGCAAGUCUUUGGUUCUGUCUCUUCAUUGAUGGACAAGCUUUUGGGUGCUAACUUGACGAAUGUCACCAGUUCGGAAACCGAUCUCAACAAUGAACAGUGUGAGAAUGCUAUGAUUGUGAAGGCAUAUCCAAUUGAUAUGGUACGUGCGACAGAUGCAGUGGAUGGAGAGAAUGCUAGGAAUUGUAUGCUCGAACCAUUUGUGGGGCAGGAGUUUGAUUCGGCGGAUGCAGCACUUAAUUUUUAUACUUCAUAUGCACAGCGUGUUGGGUUUAAAGUUCGGAUAGGUCAAUUGUACAGGUCACGAACUGAUGGGGCGGUAACUUCUCGCAGAUUUGUGUGUUCGAAGGAGGGGUUUCAGCUUAGUUCACGCACAGGAUGUCCAGCAGUCAUACGUGUACAAAGGCGUGAUUCUGAGAAGUGGGUCAUCGACCUCUUUCACAAAGAUCACAAUCAUCACCUUGAACACGAUGGUGGGGAAACCCCUCCUCCCGUUAUUCAAGUUAAGGCUCCUAGAUCUGCUAAAUUGACUGUUAAUGUUUCUCAUAGACGAAAGGUUCAUUUGUUCAAGGAUGUUGAAGACGCCUUCUCCUGUCCUUCGGGAUUUAUCAACUCAAAGCAUUUAAACGAAAUAGGAAAUGUAAUACUACGGAAGGGUGAACCUUGUGUCGGCCUGGAGUUCAAUUCAGCAAAUGAGGCAUAUCAGUUUUAUAAUGCCUAUGCUGCACAUGCAGGAUUUAGAAUACGCAUCGGUCAAUUGUUCCGAUCCAAAAAUGAUGGUUCAAUUACAUCAAGGCGAUUUGUGUGCUCCAAGGAGGGUUUUCAACAUCCAUCAAGAUUAGGCUGUGGGGCAUUUAUGAGGAUUAAGAGGCAUGAAUCCGGAAGAUGGGUUGUAGAUCGCCAUAAGAAAGAUCAUAAUCAUGAUCUUGAGCCUCAACCAGAGGCUCAAAAAAGAAAUCUAAUAGCUUCCAAAAGGUUCGCAGGUGAACUGAAUUGUGGAUUUCAAGGCAAGGAACCAGUUAACUUGAACAACGUCAUGAAGAGAACUCGGGAUAACAAAAUUGGUAGUGAUUGGUACCCAGGUCUUUUUGAAUAUUUCCAAUCUAAGCAAGCAGAAGAUACAGGCUUCUUUUAUGCUGUAGAAGUUGAGAAUUCUAACUGCAUGAGCGUUUUCUGGGCAGAUGGCAGGUCUAGAUUUUCUUGUAGUCAGUUUGGUGAUACUAUUGUCCUCGACACUUCAUACAGGAAAAAUGCCCAUGCGGUGCCAUUUGCAACCUUUAUUGGGGUUAAUCACCAUAAGCAACCUGUUCUUCUUGCCUGUGCUUUAAUUGUUGAUGAAUCUGUGGAAUCUUUCUCUUGGCUGUUUCAAACAUGGCUUCGGGCAAUGUCGGGUUGCCACCCACUUUCAAUAAUAGCUGAUCAGGACAAGGCUGUCCAACAGGCUGUUGCUCAAGUUUUCCCCAGAACUUUACACCGUUUUUCAUCGUGGCAAAUCAGGGAAAAGGAGCAGGGUGGUCUUGCCAUGCUGGAUGAAAACUUUAGAUUUGAAUAUGAAAAAUGCAUUUAUCAGAGUCAGACUGCUGAAGAAUUUGAUGUCGGUUGGAAUACGCUUAUUGGCAAGUAUGGGUUGAAGGAGAACGCUUGGCUUAAAGAAAUGUACAUAAAGCGUAAUAACUGGGUUCCGUUGUUCUUGCGGGGAACCUUCUUUGCAGGCAUCCUCGCGACUGACAACUUUGAAUCAUUUUUUGGCACACCAUUCAAUGCUCAAACACCAGUUGCAGAGUUCAUUUCUCGUUACGAAAUUGGGUUGGAGAGACGUCGUGGUGAAGAAAGAAAAGAGAGUUUGAACUCUCUAAACUUGCAAGGUUUUCUGCAAACAAAAGAACCAGUAGAAGAACAAUGUUUAAGGCUCUAUACUCACGCAGUGUUUAAGGUGUUCCAGAAAGAACUCUUGAACUGUUACCGAUAUCUUGGAUUCAAGAUUUAUGAGGAAGUGGCUCUCAGCAGAUACCUGGUGCGUCGGUGCGAAAACGACGACGAAAAAUGUAUAGUCACAGUGAUAUCAACAAACCUGACAGUGAAUUGUAGCUGUAAAAUGUUCGAGUACGAAGGUAUACUAUGUAGACAUAUCUUGAGGGUGUUUCAAAUAUUAGGAAUAAGUGAAAUUCCAGCCCGCUACAUCCUUCACCGCUGGACUCGAAACGCCGAGUAUGGAACAUUGCAAGAUAUGGACUCAGAUGGUGGCCCUCAAGAACUCAAGACCUUGAUGCUAUGGAGUUUGAGAGAAGCUGCUUGUAAAUACAUUGAAGCUGGGGCAACAUCUCUUGAAAAAUACAAACUUGCAUAUGAGAUUAUGCGAGAAGGUGGAAGGAAACUCCGUUGGCAAAGAUAAAUAUGGAGGUUAGACAGAUAUCUCUCUCUGUUCUUAGUUUUGUACUGCAUGCACUAUUUUUUACCUUUUUCUCUUUUACGUCGGUUGGAUGAGUUUAUUGAGUUGGAAUGAUACUUUCCUGGAUAUGCGAUACCUGCAUGUAUAUAAUAUGUAAAUGAACGGAAUUUGAAUUACUUAGAAUGAGUCAAACCUUUUGUUGAA